ACCAAAGAAGAAGAAGGAAGAAAAAAAAGCAAAACUGACGGAGAAAAUCUGAACGUGUAGUUUGUGUUUGAUGAAUUAGUGCACAUUUAUGUCGAAAACGUGUAGUUGGUGUUAGUGCAUACAUGUACACAUUUAUGUUGUGGAAUAGAUUCAAACUUGUUAGUUGUAUUUGGACACGUUAGUCUGAACGUCCCUUGCUAGCUUAGCUUGCUAGUUAGCUUAGCUUGUUAGCUGCUAACAAAGAUACGCAGAAGUAAUCAAAACAUCGCGUAGGAAACAUCAAAUGUGAGUGUAGGGAUUGUGUGAAUUUGUCAGUGUAAAGUGUUGGGAUUGUGUGAACAUGUGUGAAAGAACGAAAGCAAAGUACGAGGAGGAACUUUGUCCAACAAAAGAGGAGAAAGAUCGACAACAUCAACUACUGGACGCUCUUUUCCAAAAACAUCAACACACGACAGAAUUCCAACAGGCUCUCCACCUGAAAGAGGAAGAGGAGGAGCCACACUCCCCCCACAUCAAGGAGGAAGAGGAGGAAGUGUGGAUCAGUCAGGAGGAGGCUGAUCUCAGCAAGUUUCCACUGACUCUUGUGUCUGUGAAGACUGAAGACAAAGCACCUGAGUCCUCCCAGCUUCAUCACAGUCCAGGUAAAGAGAAGAUCCAGACAUCCAGCAGAUGAUUGGACUUGAAGAACAACGUGAGGAUCCACAGCCAGGCCAUUUUCAAGAGAGACAGAAUGAUCCACAUUUGAAAGAGGAAGAGGGGGAGCCACUGCCCCCACAUAUUAAAGAGGAAGAAGAGCAUCCACAGCCCCCAAGUGUUAAAGAGGAAGAAGAGGAACCACAGGCAUCCCAUGUUAAAGAGGAAGAGGAGGAAGUGUGGAUCAGUCGGUGUCAGGAGGAGGCUGAUCUCAGCAAGUUUCCACUGACUGGGAAGACUGGAGACCAUGGAGAGAAACCACCUGAGUCCUCACAGCUUCAUCACAGUCCAAGCCAGGAGAGCAAGGCCUUGGAAGCUUCAAGCUGCAGCUCACCACACCACAUGACAACAAAAGCUGAUGGAGACCACUGUGGAGGAUCACCAGCAGACCAGAUCUUCGCUCCACUAUCAGAUAGUGACGACACCACGUCACACCUUAACAUAAACAUGGAAUCACACAGGAGAACACACAGAGGAGAAAAACCCUUUAGUUGUUCAGUUUGUGGGAGAAGAUUCUCUGACAAAAGUAAUAUGAAAUCACACAUGAAAACACACACAGGAGAAAAACCGUUCAGUUGUUCAGUUUGCGGUAAAAUGUUCUCUAACAAACGCAAUAUGCUAAUACACAUGAGAAAAUACACAGGAGAAAAACCCUUCAGUUGUCCAGUGUGCAGCAAAACAUUCUCCAGCAAAAGUAUUAUGGCCGGACACAUGGGAACGCACACGGGAGAAAAACCUUUCGGUUGUUCAGUCUGUGGUAAUGCAUUUUCUCGGAAGGCUCAUCUAAAGAAUCACAUGAGAACACACACAGGAGAAAAACAUUUCAGUUGUUCGGUUUGCUGCAAAAGAUUCUCUUCAAAAAGUAAUUUGAACUCACACAUGAGAACGCACUCAGUAGAAAAGCCCUUUGCUUGUUUAGUGUGUGGGAAAGGGUUUGCUGUAAAAUAUAAUUUGGCUCGACAUACGAGAGUACACACAGAAUAAAAACAUGUCCGUUUGUGCUAAUAGAUUCUCUUCUAAAAGUAAUGUGUAAUCACACACUAGAGAAACCCGUUGGUUGUUCAGUUUUGCAGAAGGGUUGGUUGUAAAACCCUGUGUGACUAUGUAUAUGAGAAUACACACAGGAGAAAAACCUUUUGGUUGCUCAAUGUGCGGUUAGAAAAUGAUGGAGGAAGGUCAUACGCAAAUACAGAAGUACACAUGAAGUAAAACAAUAGUACCUUUUAUGUAAACACUUUCAAAGGUUACAACUACAGGGUUUGUCCCUUUUUAAGCUUCCCUGGUUUGGGUUUGGGUUUAUUUUCCUGUAAGUUGCUCGGCUCUUUCUUUUUUGUCUUAAAUGUCCUUCCCGUUUGCCACACAUUUCAAUUGUACUUGAUUUGCAAAGAAUCUCGUCUAUUUUCUUCUUCCGAUGCACAAGCAGCUGUCUUGUUAGUUUGUGAGGGUUUUACUGCUGUGUUUGUUUUGUGUCGUUUCAAGACUUGUUUUAUUGUCUCUGUUAGUCCUGGAUGUACGGCAUCUUGAAUGUCAGCCUGGUGACUGAGAUCCUCAGAACAGAUGCUGGUGUAGGACCAUCCUUUCCAUGCACUCAAUGAGUGAUUUCUCAAAUGAUUCUGUUUCUUCUAUUUUCACAACUGCAUGUACAAACCCCGUUUCCAUAUGAGUUGGGAAAUUGUGUUAGAUGUACCGGUAAAUAUAAACGGAAUGCAAUGAUUUGCAAAUCAUUUUCAACCCAUAUUCAGUUGAAUAUGCUACAAAGACAACAUAUUUGAUGUUCAAACUCAAACAAUUUUUUUUUUUUUUACAAAUAGUCAUUAACUUUAGAAUUUGAUGCCAGCAACACGUGACAAAGAAGUUGGGAAAGGUGGCAAUAAAUACUGAUAAAGUUGAGGAAUGCUCAUCAAACACUUAUUUGGAACAUCCCACAGGUGAACAGGCUAAUUGGGAACAGGUGGGUGCCAUGAUUGGGUAUAAAAGUAGAUUCCAUGAAAUGCUCAGUCAUUUACAAACAAGGAUGGGGUGAGGGUCACCACUUUGUCAACAAAUGCGUGAGCAAAUUUUUGAACAGUUUAAGAAAAACCUUUCUCAACCAGCUAUUGCAAGGAAUUUAGGGAUUUCACCAUCUACGGUCCGUA